AUGACUGUCGAUACAGAAAAGGAUGUACCAACUGGGUCAACAGUGGCACCCAGCUCUCCUUCUAGCCUUUCGAAUGAAUCUGCAGCACCAGUUGUCACUUUAAAGACAUGGAUCGUUUCUUCGAUUCUUUCCUGCGGAUAUGGCCUCUCUUUCUGGCCUGUACCCGUAGUGUCGGCAAUUGGAACUAAUAUUUCAGCUGAUAUGGGAGAUCCAACGGGAUAUAUUUGGUUUGUGCCGGCAUGGACUAUCUCGAUCACCUGCGCCUUCUUGAUCUUUGGUCCAAACACCGACCUUCUGGGUCGACGAUGGUUCCUUGUACUCGGAAACUUGGUAUGCUUCAUUGGUCAUAUCAUUGUGGCAUCAGCCAAGACGACAACUCAAGUCACUGCUGGCCUUGCUGUGGCAGGAUUUGGUGGAGCAAACUGUCAGAUGGCUGCCUUUGCACUUCCAGAACUCCUCCCCAAUAAAUGGAGACAUAUCGGUGUUGUCAUCGCCGAUUUCACAGUUUAUAUUGCCGUGAUCGUGGCACCAGUGACAGCGCGCUAUGGCUAUGAACUUGGGAGCUGGGAAUGGAAUUUCUGGGGAGUGGCAAUCUUCCAAGGCCUGUCCUCCCUAGGGUUGCUCUUCCUUUACUACCCACCCAAGCACCCUCUGGGAGUCUCGUACAAGGAUGCUUUCAAAUCACUCGACUACCUUGGCGCAUUCCUUUUCAUCGGCGGAGCGGUUCCUUUCUUGAUGGGAAUCGUCUGGGCGGGUGUAUACGAGUCAAACGAUGUCCAUGUUGUGGCACCUUUGGUUGUCGGAGCCGUGGUGUUAGUAUGCUUCGCGCUGUGGGAACACUUCGGCAAGCUCAAAUAUCCUCUCACACCAACAUACGUCUUCGUCAGCUCUUGGGGUCGGGAUUUCACUGCUCCCGUCAUCGCACUGGGCGUUGUCAACAUGUUUUACUACUCGUCCAGCAUUUUGUGGCCGCAGAUGAUUACCGUCUUCUACACCAACGGCGGUGCUGACUGGAAAUAUUCAGUCAUCCUGUCAUUGCCGCAGGGAUUCGCCAUUUUCUUCGGAGCUAUUCUGCUCACUCUCUUUGGAAGCAAGCUUCGUCACUGGCAGUGGCAGCUUACUGGGUCUGUGUUUGUGAUGGUCGUGUUUGGCUCUUUGCUCGGUCUUGUCACGCCUACUAACAAGGGUACUAUGAUUGCCUUUAUCUUCCUCUCUCAGGCUGGAUUCGGCUGGGGUCUUUACUUGAGUAUUGCUAUUACCCAAAUGGGUGUUGACCAUAAGGCGCUUGGUGUCAGCGGUGGAAUCUCGGGGUGCAUUCGAUUUGCUGCUGGUGCCGUUGCUACUUCAAUCUACCAAACCGUGUUCAGCAAUUCUUUAGCCAAGUACACAGCCAAAUUCGUCCCCUCUGCUGCAAUUGGAGCGGGACUUCCCGAGUCCAAGGUUACAGGUCUGAUGUCCGUGGUGGCUCAAGGAGCCGCCGCAAUGAAAGAAUACAGUCCUGCUGUGGUCUCGGCAGCACAGGCGGCUCUCAGUCAGGCAUACUGCAAGGCAAUCUUUGUGGUUGCAAUGGUAUCAAUGGCAUUUGGUAUUGUCGGUCUUGCAGCCUGUCUCUGUUGCAAGGACGUUGAUUAUAAGAUGACGUCGAAGAUUGAGGUGUACCUGGAGAACACAGAUCUUGCCGACAGGAAUGAACAUCACUAG